GUUCAACACCAACGUCCUCGGCAUCAUGAACAUGACGCGCCACGCGCUCCAACACAUGCGCCCUCGCCGGCAGGGAGUAAUCGCCAACUUCGGCAGCCUGGUCAGCUGGCAAGGACUCCCCGGAGCAAGCUACUACUCCUCGACCAAAUAUGCCGUGACCGGGUUCACAGAGACGGUGCAUCAGGAGGUCAGCGCGUUCGGGAUAUCCGCCGUCGUCAUCGAGCCUGGAUACUUCCGGACGGGAUUUCUUAACGAGGGCGGUAGCAACCGCAUCCGGGCUGCGAAGCCCUUGAUGGAGGAGUACAAGAACACGCCUGUGAAUGUGACGCGGGACCGACUCAAUAGUGUCGACAACUACCAGCCCGGCGACGUUGUUAAGGGCGCCAAGGUCAUUGUUGAUGUGUUGACGCAGACGGGGGUCGCGGAGGGCAAGAAGAUCCCUGUGAGACUCGUGCUCGGCCGCGAUGCAUUCGAAGCUAUCAAGGAUAAGAUUCAGAGCACCGAGGCGCUGAUUAAGGAGUGGGAAGAUAUAAUUGUUAGCACGGAUCACGACGAUGUCAAGAAAUGAAAAUGACGUUGUGAUCCUAUAACUACCUACCUACCUAGUCUACUAACCAAC